GUGUGCGUGUGCUUGGAGUAUAAUUCUGCUCGACAAUGCUCGCAGGACUUCAUUGACAAUUCUGUACAGAGUGUUCCAGCAGUGUCCCUGAUGCAUCCUUGGUCACUUCGUGGCCGUCGCAGAUCAAGUACAGGGCCCACACAAUUGUCGGCAUUACACCGUCUCAGAAUCGACUGUCUACACAUCGUCCACAAAGAAACCAGAUUCACUCACGACUCCUUAGUGCAAUAGAUGCAAUCCACCGAUCCCUCUCCCUCCAUUCCGUGCCGCUCGUCAUGCUGGCUGUGGUUCUGAAGGCGGGCCUGUUUGAGACACUUCUUCCGCUUUAUCUCCUUCCUCUGUCUUAUGUUCUUCGGGUUCCACCUUGGCGAGUCCGCUGGCCGUGACGUACCUGCAGAGCACAUCACACGGGGGAAGGUACGGGGGUGGGGUGUGCCUGAUGUGAAUGGGGUGUGUCUUUCAUGGUUUGGUCAGCUCACUUUAAGUACUCAGCCUUCACUUGGAACGGCCGCUGACCCAGGCACUCGAGCAGGUCGUUGUAUGUGAUAGUCUCCUUGGCCAGCAACAACUCGGCUAAUGCCCGGAGCUUCUGCACGAAUAGAACCCCACACAGGGCACAGGAGAGGGACGGGUCGAAAGCUUGGGGCGCCUGUUCCGCCUGAGUCAGAGUCUGGCUUACCUCUGCAUUUUGCGUCAGGAUCCCCUUAGUCCUCUCAUAUUGAUCCGAGAUGACCUUCUUGACCUCGACAUCGAUCACCUUCAUACGAAACGCCAUAAAGAGCUAAGUGAUGCGCCCAUCUUCAACGUACCUGAGCUGUCUGUUCCGAGUAUGGCUUGUACAUCUGUUGCUCCUGCUGCUGCUGGUAGGACACCAAUCCCAGCUCAGGAUUCAUGCCGAACACGGCCACAAGGGAGUACGCCAUCUUGGUGACCUGAAUGAAUGAGUGAAGCAGAGAGAGUGCGGUCCUGUCUCUGCAAGAGACGGCGCUCUCGGUGCGUGUGCCGGCGGAUUGUUCGUUACCUUGUCCAGGUCAUCGGAUGCCCCUGUGGAGAUCUUGCCAAGGAACAGGUCCUCCGACGCCCUCCCCCCUGCAUACACGGACCGCCUCCACUCCACCCGAUUAUUCUGUCGUGGUUGCCGCGUGCACCCACCGCACCUAGGAUGACAGCAAUUUUGUCGAGGAGGGCCUCUUUUGAGUAGAGGGGCAGCUCGUCAGGUAGUUGCUAAUCGACACACGCACGCACAGUCGAAGGAUGAUGGUGGGAUGCACUCACGUGCAGAUACGAUGGUUCCCGUGUCUGUGUGUGGGUGCCUACCUGUGCAAACCCCAGCGCCCCCGACGAUCUCGGCACGAUCGACACCUUGAGCACGGGAUCAGCAUGCUCCAACAUCCAUCCAGUCAGCUGCGCACAUAGGGACGGGCAAAAUGGGCGGACGCACCCGUACCAGCAGUCCCUUAAGGUAGGGUAUGACGUGCCUGCCUACCGCAUGUCCCGCUUCGUGGUAGGCGACAGUCUUCUUCUCUCUCUGCGACUGCAGAUUGUUGGCCUUAGGCAGCCCGCCCAUCACACGCUCGGUUGCCCUCUCGAAAUCCUCAAUAGCCACACCCUGAUCGUGUACGCAGACACGCACGCCAUCAACGACGAACGCCGUCAACGACGAAUGCUUAUACUAGCCGAUUGCCCAUCGGCAUAUAUGUGUCUGGCGUACGUACAUCUUUGGCACUUCUGCGUGCUGCGAAGAUGGCUGCCUCGUUGCAUAUGUUGGCUAUAUCAGCACCUGCGGAGGGAGGACCAAUCAGCAGGAAGGAGGGAGGGACGCGACCACACUCAUUCCCUCUAUCUCCCCCCUGUGUACACCUAUCACGGAUCCACGCGUACCAGCGAAGCCCGGCGUGAGGGCUGAGAGCCUUCGCGCCACCUCCUCCACAUCAAGAUUGGAGUCAAGCUUCAACGGCUUCAGGUGAAUCUACACGAGCAUGCACAAUGCAAUGCAGCCACCGCUACCAGCUCUGCCUUGACGUGGGCGUGCGUCUGUGUCGACCUUGAAUAUCUCUUGUCUUUCAUUUAGGUCAGGCUUGUCUAUCGUCACUGUCCGAUCAAAACGACCUGCGCGGGGGGGACACACAUCAACCGAUAAUCGAUAAAUAGAGCGCGCGAAAAGCAGUCAAUCUUGACAGCAUGCUGUGUGCUGCCGGCCGGCCGGCGGUCGGUUGAUCGAUCUACUGAGUAACUAACCUGGUCUGGUAAGAGCAGGGUCGAGAAUGUCGGAACGGUUGGUGCCGGCAAGAACUACCACCCCCGUGUUGCUGGUGAACCCAUCCAUUUCGACCAGCAUCUGGUUGAGGGUGUUCUCUCGCUCGUCGUUGGCACCGCCAGCGAAACCGCCCCGCGCACGCCGCCGACCGACCGCAUCUAUCUCGUCUAUGAACACUAUCGCUGAGCCAAGCAGAUAGACAGACAGACGAACACAGCACACACACACACACACACGCACACACACACACACACGCGCGUGUCACAUGGCACAGAGCGACAGAGGUUGCCGGUCCGCUGCAUGCAGUGGCCAUCGUUUGGGCGUACAGGGCGCGUGUUUUCUCGCUUGUGCGAACAGGUCUCUGACACGCGAAGGCCCAACACCGACAAAGACCUCGAUGAAGUCGGACCCUGAAAGUAGGCAAACGCAGUCAGUGGUGGGAGCGCCUACCGACGAUUGCGUGUGUGUGUGUGUGUGGUGUACGUACCAGACAUGGAAAAGAAGGGCACGCCCGCUUCUCCAGCAACAGCCUUGGCCAAUAAGGUCUUACCUGAACAGCCAACAGACAGCAGGCCACGCACCAGCCAAAGGAGGUGUCGCCGUGGCCUUGAUGGGUAAGUACUCCUUAGGUGAGUGCCUAUAUGUAUGUAUCUGUGGCCGUAGGUACCUACCGUACGUAUGCACAUACCUACCUACCUGUUCCAGGAGGCCCGACGAGGAGUGCGCCCUUCGGUAUUCUGGCGCCGAGGUGUUCGUACUUCUUGGGGCUCUUGAGAAAGUCCACAAACUCCAUGAUCUCCUGCUUGGCCUCCUUCAAACCAGCCACGUCAGCGAACUUGACCUUCGACUGAAGGGAGGGAGGCAUCACAUCACAUGGACGGACAGGGGGAUGAAGACAGAGAUAGAUAAACACACAGUGAUGGACGCAUGGAUGGAUGGAUGGAUGGACCAUGGACGCUCUUCUGUCCUUAGGAGCUGUGUAUUGCGUGUGUGUGUACCUUCAUGUCUUUGGUGCCAGCGGGGAAGGCCCUGCCCAUUUUGAAGAAUCUGUCGGGUCCGCCGGCGCCCAUGCCGGAUGCCUGCUGUCUUCGUAGCCAGAAUAGGAAGAGGAAGAAGAUGACUAUGGGGGGGAUGUAGUUGCGGAGUUCCUCGGCCAGCUGAACCUCGGUGACGUACUGGAUGGGGAUGUACUCGGCGGGAUGGAUGCCCAGCCCCGCCUGGUAGUGCUCCAGCUUCGACUCGAAUGUGUCCACGCUGCCAAUGACAAAGUGGUACCGCUGCCCGGCCUUGGGGCUGUUGGGCCGCACAAACACGCGAGCGUACUCGCGGUUGACGAUCUGGAUCUUCUCGACAUGGCCGUGGCUGAGGAAGUUGGUGAGGAACUCCUGGAAGGUGAUCUCGUUGGAAUAACCCGUCACGCCCCGGUCCAGCAGCGACAGCAAUAUCAACACCGCAGUCAGGCUGACGGCGACAGUCCAGAACCGGUUGUCAUCCGGUGAGCCGGGCCCGCCCGGAGCCGCCUUCUUCUUGUCGUCUUUGUCUUCCUCUCGCCUUUGGUCUCGGGGGAAGAACUUCUCGAAGCCCUUUGGUGGGCCCUUGCUGAGGCUGACCAGGGGGAGGAGGAAGGGGAACAGAGAGGGAGGGGGCGAAACGGAGGGGGAGGAGGAGGAGCGACGAUGCUGCGGCAGGCGGUACCAUGUGUCCGCCGGGGGCGUCACGUGGUAAAAGCCCGUUAUCCGCCCAUAACGACUGCCCAGCCCUCCCCUCAGAUGCGCUUCGCGCAUGCAGAGGUAGCCGCUGGACGACAGAACACGCAUCCACCACUGCGGUAAGGGGUGGAAGUGCCUCGCCUAAUCCAUGCAAACACGCACAGAAUACGGCAGGCACUUGUAUGCAUGGCCAUGGCUGUCCCUACCGUUCGAGGGUGCAAUUUCCAUAGCAUAUCAGCCACAGACGAUGAACGGAAGACGGCCUUUGGGAAGUUGUGGCCUUACACGCUUGGCAGCUGGGUGUUGGGAGAUGAAGAGAUUUCCUGUUUUGGAAGACACCAGAAC